AUGGUGAAGAAAGUGCAAGCAAGAAAAUCAUGGGAGAAACGAUUUAAGAAUGCGAAUAAAAGCAGACAUUUGGCGAAGGCCCUCAUUACAACUGUGCCACUUGCCUCGUACGAAGUAGUCACGUUAGCUGCUAUGAAUCUCAACAACCAGAUUGGUGCAACGCACACUUUGACCUGCUCAAAACCUCAGAAUAUCCACAAAAGCCCCCAGAUCGCAGCGAAGAUGCCGCCCAAGAAGGCCGCCAGCGCGAGCUCUACCGCCGCGGGUGUGUACAUUGUCCUCAACGGUACUUCCAUCGAUUCCGUCCACGCCUCUGUCGAGUCGGCCAACGCGCGCCUCAGCGAAGGCAAAGAAGACGGUCUCAACAGUCUUAGAGUCGAAUUCCAGACCCUGAUCGGAGGAAGCAUUAUCGUGGAUCCCGUGAUCGCGCAGGCGGAGAAGAAGCCAGCCAAAGCCAAGGCAGUCAAAAAGGAGAGCAAGCAGGAGAAGGUCGUUGCACCGAAGAAGACAAAGACGCCUGUUGAGCAGAGAGCCGCUAAUUCGAAGAAGCCAAAGAGCUCAGUCCAUGAGUCUGAGUUGCCGAGUAACUACAAGGCCCUGCUUGGCGGGGUAGGAAGGGCGUUGGAGGGCCUCUCCAUCUGUGUCACUGGUGUUCCGCCCACGCUUGGUAGGAAGAAUGCUGAGAAGCUGGUGGUCAAUUAUGGGGGGAAGGUUGCGUCGAGUUUGAGCAAGAAGACGUCGUACGUGGUGGUUGGGAACGACGCGGGUCCAGUCAAGUUGGAGAAGAUCGAGAGUCUGGGUAUCACGACUAUUGAUGAAGACGGACUGGUCAAACUCAUCGAAGGUGGCGGUACCAAGCGAGCUUCCAAUGACGAUGGAGAGGAAGAGGGGAAGCCCACCAGGUCCAAAAAGCGUAGGACCCCAGUUCGCGCCUUGGCAGAAGCGUCUUUUGAGAAAUCCACGACACAUAACAGCAUGCAACUACUCCACAAUAUUCGCUUGAGGCAUGGGAGAUCAUCGGCUUCUUCUACUUCUAGCAGCGUUGAGCGUGGCUGGCUAGCUGUAUUUGGUCAAGCGCAAGCGAAUUUCUACCUGAGUCCUGAUCCAAACAUUGUAGUCGCCUAUAAGCACUAG